CCUGGGUCAGACAUUGUUGCUCCAUCCGGAGCAGCUGAUCCUCCUGUUCCCUCCUCAGCGGGGUCUGUGUGGGGAGAGCCCUUUCCUACCGCCCUCUGUGUCCAGCAGGAGGGGGGACCCAUCUCUGCUCCCAGGCGGGGGUCUGCGAGUCCCAGAGCUGCUGCCCUCCCUGACCCGCCCCCCGGUUCUGCCCCCCUGAGCGCCUGCAGGAGCCGAGCCAGCGCCGGGAGAGCGACCGCCCCGGGCCGGGCCAGGGACCGAAUCUCCCAGCCCGAGGGGAGAGGGGGCAGGAGGGAGACAGGGGGAAGAGACCGGAGGGGACAGCCGGAGCAAUAAGGGGGUGUAUACAGAUCUCUGGUCAGAUCCUCUUCUCUCCCCCCCCUUAUGUAGAGGGGGGAAUUGAACCUGUUUGGCCCAUAUCCCAGCUGAGUGCUAACUUCUGGGCUCUGAGUUAUACCAUGGGCACCUUCUCUGGGUUUGGGACGGGCCCUGGCUGCUAGGCAUGCUCUGAGCACACCUACCAGAUCAGGCCUUGCAGGGAAGUUAGGCAUUCACCUGCCUGGCUUAGCCUGGUUCAGGGAUCGUGCUAGGGCUCAGACAGGAGAUAGUGUCCGGAUGCCUAGAGGGAGGCAGCAGUGUGCUUGACCAGAACAGGAACUUAGGCAGCUAGGGAACUUUUACAGUAGUAAUUUAGAUGUGCAGUGAGAGCAAGGUUGUAUAAAAGUGGCACCUGUAACUGGAACGUAGGUACCUAAAUCUGGGCCAGUUAGCUUAUCUGAAUGAUUACAUAGGCCCAGGAGGAGGCUGUGAACUUUAGGAGAGGAUGCCUGGCUGGAUUAGCACCCAAGCUCACAGGAGAUGGAGGGACUGGAAGGGUUAAAGGUGUGUACUUUUUAGUUAGUGAAAUAAGCCCCGCAAAGGAGGAAUGUUGGUCGAGCCUUCUGGUCUGGGAGUAAUCGUUGCAAGACGGCAAGAGAGUGAGAAAGAGCUGGAGGACUGAGCGUGCCACCAGGGGGUGGCUCCUAGAUGGCACCCCAUCACUCCAGUCAAGCAUGAGAAAGCCAGGAAAGGCCACAGCAGAACAGAGAGUUGCACUAACAGCUUGGAUGCCUAUUCUGGAUGCCACCUUUUCUGACACCAGUAUCCCCUUCUGACACCAGCCUGACCCCUCUGUCAAGCAGAAGCAGUUGUCUGAAGUCUUGCAGGUUGGCUUCACAGUUGGGGAGAAAUCAGUGAUUAUCCAUGAGGGUUUCCAGCCAGCUGGUUUUCAUCACACAUGGGUGACUCAAGGAUUACUCAUUGACAACUGCAGUGUGAGCUCUCAGAUGGAACAAGGGGAAGAGCCACGGGUCCCAGAUCUCCAGGGCUGUGAAGAAUGGGAGAUUUCAGCAGGUGAUGAGACAGUGAGUGAGAACAAGGAAGAGACCCCUCAGCAGGAAGGUCCCGAGCAAGUGGAACAGCCUGGGAUGCUAUUGGGAAGAGCUGAAAGGGAUGUUUCCCAGAGUCAUGAGCAGGGAGAAGCCUGUGAGAGUCAGCGCAGGCUGGAGAAGCAUCAGAAAAACCAGCCAGGGAAGGGAGAGAGAAAAUCCACUUGCUGCAGAGAAGGACUCAAGAAACCAGAAGACAUCUCAGCCUGUCAGAGAGAAGGGAAAGGAGGUGAAAAUGGAGAUACACGCACUGUGUCUUGGAAGAGCUGUAGACAGAGCUCAGAACUUAGUGGUCAGCAGACCAUCCACCCCGGAGAGAAGCCCAAUAAAUGCGCUGACUGUGAGAAAAGUUUUACCCAGAAAUCAGCCCUUGUUAGACACCAAAGGCUGCACACGGGAGAGAAGCCCUACAAAUGCAGUGACUGUGGGAAGAGCUUCAGCGUGAGCUCACACCUGAUCACCCACCAGAGACUGCACACGGGAGAGAGACCCUACAAGUGCCUGGACUGUGGGAAAAGCUUCAGCGAGAGCUCAAACUUUAUUCACCAUCGGAGAAUCCACACAGGAGAGAGACCCUAUAAAUGCCCGGACUGCGGGAAAUGCUUCAGUAACAACUCAGACCUCACAAGGCACCACCGGACCCACACGGGAGAGAGGCCUUAUGAGUGCCCGGACUGCAGGAAGAGCUUCAGCGUGAGGUCCCAUUUAGCUAGACACCAGCGCGUGCACGCAAAGGAGGAGGAGCUGGAAAGCUCCCCCCUUCUUGCACAUCAGAGACUCCCAUCAGACGAGAAGCUCUACAAAUGCCCUGACUGCUGGAGAAGGUUCAGGGACAGCAGAGGUCUCGUCACACAUCAGAGAAUCCACACAGGGCAGAAAUGCUACCAGUGCUCUGACUGCGGGAAAAGUUUCGGUGUGAGUUCAGCUCUUUCUGAGCACCAGAGAAUCCACGCAGGUGAGAAACCCAGCGUCUGCCCGGAUUGUGGGAAAUGCUUUCUUCAGAGCUCAGAGCUGCUCCUCCACCAGAUUAGCCAUGCAGGGGGGAAGCCCUACACAUGUGAAGAGUGUGGUAAACACUUCACUCAGAGAUCAAAUCUCCAGGCACACCUCAAACAUCACACAGCCGAGAAGCCCCAUAAAUGCACCCAGUGUGGGAAGAGCUUUGUCAAGCACUCCAUCCUGGCCAGGCACCAGAUCACCCACAUGGACCUGAAACCAUUUAAAUGCUCUAUGUGCAGCAAAAGCUUCACUCAGCUCUCCAGCCUCACGAGGCAUGAGAGAGUCCACGAGGCAGAGAUGCUCUCCGAGCCCCCCGACUGGAUGGCAGAAAUGAACCAUACAUUCAUCGAUUCCAGCGGGCGGGCGUGGAACUGGGCUCGAGAGUACCCGGCUGCCCAGCUGUGGGGUGAGGAGGCAGCCAUAACCAGACCCAAACUGAUCAGUGACCCUCAGCUUACGCCUGGUCUGGCAAAUCCCAGUCAGGGCAGGGGAGACCUCAGUCAGCCCCUUUUAAGUGCAGCUGACCUGGCUGCUGAGCCACCAAGCUCCUCUGCCUCCUGCCAGGACAGUGCAGGAAGGGAGAAUGUCUUAAUCUCCCUGGACUGAAAGAUCCCCCAUCCCCUUAACCGCUUCCCAGGCCGCCAGCCUCAGGAGCAGUAUUAGAGGAGGGCAUUAUGGCUGGGAUUUCCCAAGGCACCCAGAGGGCAGGAUUGGAGGUGAUGGGAAGCAGUGGGGGGCAGCUGGCUGCUAAGGGUAUUAAGUGUUUGGAGACUGGGGGAUAAGGAAUCAUAUAAUCAUAGAAUAUCAGGGUUGGAAGGGACCUCAGGAGGUCAUCUAGUCCAACCCCCUGCUCAAAGCAGGGGAAGAAUUGGCAGGGUUAGGAUACUGUAUUCCCCUCAAUUGGAGUCUCAGCAUCUCUAAAAGCCAAUCCUGAUACUUUUAAUGACCACCAUUAGUCACUUGCGCCAUCACUUCCUGGUAAAAUCUGCUGCUUUUUCCCACCCUUUGGGUGUCUUCCCCACCCUUCUUUACAGGUGUCCCUCCCCUGCCUCUGUAUUUCUCCUCCUGUCUUCCCUCAGCAUGUCCUCCGCUGCAGCAGUUCACGCAGCCAUCGCUCCCUUCCCCCCAUCCCCUCUGCUACAAGAACGAACAAUGACACCGUUUGGCUGGCAUGUACAGUGCCAUCGGGAUUUAGCUUAAACCCCACCGCAAGAGGAAAGGGGCGGGGCUUUCUGCAGACACCACUGAACCAGACUUACCUCGCGUUUGGAAGGUUCCCUUCCUCUAACAAAUCAAAGCUUAGAUUCUGCAGAAUCUGGACGUGCCAGAGGGAGCACACAAAUACCUCAUGCAGCUAGAUGUUUGAUUCUGCUUUCUUAUACAACGAUUAUGCUCAGUAUGGAAAUGUUUAAGCCGACAGAUAGAGGGAUAUGUAUGGAGAAAAUACACAAAUAGAAAAAAGACUUUCUCCUGGGGACCUCUUGAAUAUUUUCUAGAGCUUGUUGGAAGGAUUGGACUCCUAAGUAUUAUUUUACACCGUUAAAGAAGACAAAAGUAUCUUGCAGUGUAUUGUAAAGAGGAUUUUUCAUUAAACUUGAAGGGGGAAAUGGUUGGAAAGUUACUUGAGUUAAUCCAGUAGCAGGAACCUUUUUGUAGUUGUUGGGUAUCCUUCUGUUUUGUACUGUUUGAUUUUAAACUGCAGGUAUAUGUGGUUUGAGAAAGCUCUCAAGGGAAACUUUAGAAAUCAAAAUAAAAUAAUUGUACGAUGGCUGAAAUGCUGACACAGCUCCUUAGGGACUUAUCAAGGAAAGUUGUGUGUGUCUGGGUAAACAAGCCUGUGAUGUAACAGGUUCAGUGCAACCUUUUGCAGCACCUUAGUGGCAAGGUCAGAUCUGUAGCUUGGCAGGUGUUGGUGUCAUUCUGGCUCAGCCCCAUUCAGCUUCCCACCCUCACCCCCUUCAGGACCAUCUGCAGACACUUCAUAGCCUCCAUUUUUGUCAGCUAAUUCUAAACUAGCUUAAUACGUCUGUAGGGAUUUAAUGUGGGGGAGGGAUAGCUCAGUGGUUUGAGCAUUGGCCUGCUAAACCCAGGGUUGUAGGCUCAAUCCUUGAGGGGGCCAUUUAGGGAUCUGGGGCAAAAAUUGGGGAUUGGUCCUGCUUUGAGCAGGGGGUUGGACUAGAUGAGGUCCCUUCCAAUCCUGAUAUUCUAUGAAACAGCUUCAUGAACAGGAGCUGGAGCUUUAAAAGCCUAACAUUCCCUGAUUAGGACAGUCAGAGGUCUCUGUGGUAAAAGCGCUUUAGGAGGUUUCAGCCCUCAUGCCGCUGAGUGAUUGGUUUUUUUAUUUUACAAGGAAAAGCUACUACAAAAGGUAGCAGAAACCCAGAACUCUGAUUCCCAAGCAUUUUAAAUGAAAUCCCAAAGCACAAUUCACCCCAAAGAUAAAUGAAACAUGCAACAGCAAAAUAUUGUUGCUUUAUGGCCUGAUGUAUUGCUACUGCAUGGUGUUAAAUACCUUGCAUUAGGAUAUUGCACUUUGCAUACAAUCUACCCAGUUCAAAUCUCUCUGCUCCUUCCCCUGUUGUUCAUGUCACACAGAAGUUUCUGGCUGAUUCAGUGGAUCACACUAGUUUCUUCUUCUAAAUGAGGAAAAUUCUCUCCCAUACAGUAUCUUGUUUUCCCAAAUGAAAUGUCUCUCUUCUUUAAUUCAGCCUCUAGACUCACUCUUA